GUUAGCUUCCCCUGAUAAACUAAUUGUCCCACAUUGUCACUGUCAGAAGACAGAUCUAUUGAUGGGUCUGGUGCCCCAGCUGACGGUCAUUCUCUUCUGCCUCCUAGCAUGUGCCAGCGCCGUGGUCCGUGGGUGCAACCACCACACCUUGCAAGAAAUCAUCCAGCACCUCAACACACUCUCCAGGGAGAAGAGUCCCUGUGCCGAGCUGCUGGUCACGGACGUCUUUGCUGAUCCCCAGGGUCCAGCCAGUGGGGACCUGUGCACAGCCGCGACGGUGCUGCACCAUACAGCCUACCUCCGGGGGCCACAGUCCUGCCCAAACAGAGAGGGAGACCCGCUCUACCCCAGCGUCCUGAGACAAGUGUUCAGGAACCUCAGGAGCAUGGCUCAGUCGAACUGUCCAGUGAGUGAACUCCGGCAGACGACACUGAAAGACUUCUUGGAAAAUCUAAAAAGGAUCAUGCAGAAGAGAUAUUCAAAGUGUAGACGCUAA